UUAACCAAAAUUUCCAACUGCAUAUACUUUUCUCUCAAUAAUGGGAAAUGUAAUACCUCUUUGUUGUCAACCAGAAUCAACUUCAUCUGUGAAGCUAAUAUUUGAUGAAGGUUCCACAAGAAUUCUCACCGGAGAAAUAAUGUUCGAGUUCCCGGAAUAUAUGGUUUGCCAUGCGGACUCAUUCUUUAUAGGCCACCAAAUCCCUGCACUCGCCAUUGAUGAUGAGCUCAUGAAAGGCCAAACCUACUUUGUUCUUCCAAUUGCUUGCUUCACUCGCAAUGUCCUAUCGACUUCUUGUUUGGCUGCCUUGGGAUCAAAGUACCCUAAACCUACUUCCAUUAAUUUUAAGGACUGUCCAUUUGAAUAUUUGAAGGGUUCAAGCGGAAGGGUUUUGAUCAAAGUCAUGCCUGAAUUCAUCACCGAACUCAUUACAAAAGAACAGGAAAUUGGCAAUGAAUUGAAUAAUCCUGUAGGGAAUAGCUUUUUAUGCAGUACCCCGGAAUUGCAGAAGCAUUAUAAUCAAUUGGUUGGGUGUAAUAAAGAUCAUGUAUGGUCACCCAAUCUUGAGACAAUUUCAGAGUACAAAAUCAGAUAUUCUCCGUGCAGAUUUAUGGGGUUGGAGUGGAAGCAGAAAGAGACUGAAAGUUAAUAUUCUAUGUGGAGUUCAUUUAUUUUUA